AAGCUCCAGAUGGCGUCUUCUGUGGGCAACGUGGCCGACAGCACAGAACCAACGAAACGUAUGCUUUCCUUCCAAGGGUUAGCUGAGUUGGCACAUCGAGAAUAUCAGGCAGGAGAUUUUGAGGCAGCUGAGAGACACUGCAUGCAGCUGUGGAGACAAGAGCCAGACAAUACUGGAGUACUUUUAUUACUUUCAUCUCUACACUUCCAGUGUCAAAGGCUGGACAGAUCUGCCCACUUUAGUACUCUGGCAAUUAAACAGAACCCUCUUCUGGCAGAAGCCUAUUCGAAUUUGGGGAAUGUGUACAAGGAAAGAGGGCAGUUGCAGGAAGCGAUUGAGCAUUACCGGCAUGCAUUGCAUCUCAAACCAGAUUUCAUCGAUGGUUAUAUUAACCUGGCAGCCGCUUUGGUAGCAGCAGGCGACAUGGAAGGGGCAGUACAAGCUUACGUCUCUGCUCUUCAGUGCAAUCCUGAUUUGUACUGUGUUUGCAGUGACCUGGGGAACCUGCUCAAAGCCCUGGGUCGCUUGGAAGGAGCCAAGGCAUGUUAUUUGAAAGCAAUGGAGACGCAACCGAACUUUGCAGUAGCUUGGAGUAAUCUUGGCUGUGUUUUCAAUGCACAAGGGGAGAUUUGGCUUGCAAUUCAUCACUUUGAAAAGGCUGUCACCCUUGACCCCAAUUUUCUGGAUGCUUAUAUCAAUUUAGGAAAUGUCUUGAAAGAGGCACGGAUUUUUGACAGAGCUGUGGCAGCUUACCUUUGUGCCCUAAGCUUGAGCCCAAAUCAUGCAGUGGUACGUGCCAACCUGGCUUGUGUAUACUAUGAGCAAGGCCUGAUAGAUCUGGCAAUAGACACCUGCAGGCGAGCUAUUGAAUUGCAACCACAUUUCCCUGAUGCUUACUGCAACCUAGCCAACGCUCUGGAAGAGAAGGGCAGUGUUGCCGAAGCAGAAGAGUGUUAUAAUACAGCUCUGCGGCUGUGUCCCACCCAUGCAGACUCUCUGAAUAACCUAGCCAAUAUCAAAGGAGACCAGGGAAACAUUGAAGAGGCAGUUCGCUUGUAUUGUAAAGCAUUAGAAGUCUUCCCAGAGUUUGUUGUUGCCCAUUCAAAUUUAGCAAGUGUAUUGCAGCAGCAGGGAAAACUGCAGGAAGCUCUGAUGCAUUAUAAGGAGGCUGUUCGAAUCAGUCCUAUCUUUGCUGAUGCCUACUGUAACAUGGGAGACACCCUAAAGGAGAUGCAGGAUGUUCAGGGAGCCUUGCAGUGUUAUACUCGUGCCAUUCAGAUUAACCCUGCACUUGCGGAUGCCCACAGCAAUCUGGCUUCCAUCCACAAGUAUUCAGGGAAUAUUCCAGAAGCAAUUGCUUCUUAUCGCACUGCUCUGAAGCUUGAACCUGAUUUUCCUGACGCUUAUUGUGAUUUGGCUCAUUGCCUGCAGAUUGUCUGUGAUUGGACAGACUAUGAUGAGCGAAUGAAGAAGUUGGUCAGCAUUGUGGCUGACCAGCUGGAGAAGAAUAGGUUGCCUUCUGUGCAGCCUCAUCAUAGUAUGCUCUAUCCUCUUUCUCAUGGCUUCAGAAAGGUUCUCAUGGCUGAGAGCCAUGGGAACCUCUGCUUGGAUGAGAUCAGUGCCCUUCAUAAACCACCGUACGAACAUCCAAAAGACUUGAAGCUCAGUGAUGGUCGACUGCGUGUAGGAUACGUGAGUUCUGACUUUGGGAAUCAUCCUACUUCUCAUCUUAUGCAGUCUAUUCCAGGCAUGCACAAUCCUGAUAAAUUUGAGGUAUUCUGUUAUGCCCUGAGCCCAGAUGAUGGCACAAACUUCCGAGCAAAGGUGAUGGCAGAAGCCCAUCAUUUCAUUGAUCUUUCUCAGAUUCCAUGCAAUGGGAAAGCAGCUGAUCGCAUCCAUCAAGAUGGUAUACACAUCCUUGUAAAUAUGAAUGGUUAUACCAGGGGUGCUCGAAAUGAACUCUUUGCUCUCAGGCCAGCUCCUAUUCAGGCAAUGUGGCUGGGCUACCCUGGGACAAGUGGCGUGCUUUUCAUGGAUUAUAUCAUCACUGAUCAGGAAACUUCACCUGCUGAAGUUGCUGAGCAGUAUUCUGAGAAACUGGCUUAUAUGCCCCAUACUUUCUUUAUUGGUGAUCAUGCCAAUAUGUUCCCUCACCUGAAGAAGAAGGCAGUCAUCGAUUUUAAGUCCAAUGGGCACAUUUAUGACAAUCGGAUUGUGCUGAAUGGCAUCGACCUCAAAGCAUUUCUUGAUAGUCUCCCAGAUGUGCAGAUUGUCAAGAUGAAAUGUCCUGAUGGAGGAGACAACGCAGACAGAAGUAAUACGGCUCUUAAUAUGCCUGUCAUUCCUAUGAAUACUAUUGCAGAGGCAGUUAUUGAAAUGAUUAACAGAGGACAAAUUCAGAUAACAAUUAAUGGAUUCAGUCUUAGCAAUGGACUGGCAACUACCCAGAUCAACAUUAAGGCUGCCACUGGAGAGGAGGUUCCCCGUACCAUUAUUGUAACCACCCGUUCUCAGUACGGGUUACCGGAAGAUGCCAUUGUGUACUGUAACUUCAAUCAGUUAUAUAAAAUUGACCCAUCUACUUUGCAGAUGUGGGCAAAUAUUCUGAAGCGUGUUCCCAAUAGCGUACUGUGGCUGUUGCGUUUUCCAGCAGUAGGAGAACCUAAUAUUCAACAGUAUGCACAAAAUAUGGGCCUUCCCCAGAAGCGUAUCAUUUUUUCACCUGUUGCUCCUAAAGAGGAACAUGUUCGGAGAGGCCAGCUGGCUGAUGUCUGCUUGGACACUCCACUCUGUAAUGGACACACCACAGGGAUGGAUGCCCUUUGGUCAGGGACACCCGUGGUGACUAUGCCAGGAGAGACUCUUGCUUCCCGAGUUGCAGCUUCCCAGCUCACUUGUUUAGGCUGUCUUGAGCUUAUUGCUCAAAAUAGACAAGAAUAUGAAGACAUAGCUGUGAAACUGGGAACUGAUCUAGAAUACCUGAAGAAAAUUCGUGGCAAAGUCUGGAAGCAGAGAACAUCUAGCCCUCUGUUCAACACCAAACAAUACACAAUGGACCUAGAGCGGCUCUAUCUACAGAUGUGGGAGCAUUACGCAGCUGGCAACAAACCUGAUCACAUGAUUAAGCCUGUUGAAGUCACUGAGUCGGCCUAAAUAAUGACUGUGUGCACAGGAGAAUUACCCUGUACCUGAGCCUCAACCUUCUGGGGGAAAGGGAACUACUUUUUCCUUAUCUGUACAAUACCAUGCUGCAGAUGGGUGACAGACAAUGAUAAGAAAUAGCACAGCCAGACUUGCUUCCUGCAUGAUCAUGAUCAUGAUAGGGAGAGACACAAGAGAUGGGAAACUGCUGUUGCACAAGGAGUCUCCAUAGAAUUUUGCAGCAGCCAGGUGUCUGGAAGGUCUGGAAGUGAGUCCUGUUCUUCCUUUUUCUUUCAGCAGAAAUGAAAUCCCAGGUAAGUAUAAGUAUUCAAAUAUUUGAUCAGUAAGUCACAGUUAUCUCCAGUACAUUAAAUAACUUUCAUCAAAAAACAUGUUAUAGGUAAAAAGCUCUGAAGGACCAGCUAUGUAUAUGAUAAUUAUGUUUCAGACCUUCUAGGGUAUUAUAGAUAAUAACUUGUCUUCUGGACGUGGUCUUGAAGUCUUUAUGGAUUCAGUCUCAGUAGUAGCGAACUGCAUUGCUACUUGGUUUGGAGUACAAAUUAGACUUUAGCCCUCCUGGAGGUUGAGUUUUUGGUAUUGAAAACCAUAGGAAUGAAAUUAUUGUAUUUCAACAAAGGAUCGAGCGCUUGAGGCUUAAACAAGGCAACAUACGUGUGGGAAGCAGUCAGCCUUGAGGGCAGGUAAGGACAUGCCAGGCAUGCGGCCGCUGCUCGAAGGGACUGUCCCUACUUGUUCCCCUCCUUGUUCCAUUCCAUGGGAGAUAAAUCACCAGGGCCCAGAGGUCAGAAAGAAUGUAAAAUGAGACAAGCAAAGCUGUCUCCCCCCUGCACAUGCAGGUUAUUUUUGAUGCUUCUGGGUUUAUGGGUUUCCUCCCAGGGAAGUUAACCUUGAGCCGAGACAGUCUGUAGAUAAUGUAAACCACCAUCUGGCAACCUUCCGAUUUCUAGUCUAUAUAAUCUGCAACUGUAGCAUAAUAAAAUUUGCCUUGCAACCAUCAGUUGUCUUGGUCCUUCUGACCCCAUGCGUCGGUGCUACUUCAGUUCCUUACCCCUUCCCUUCUGACCCUGGGCGGUGAGAUCCUCUUUCUCCGGCUGGUCCGCGGCAAGUGGCACUCGAACAGGGACCUGAAGCGUGAAGGCAAUUAAAAGAAAAAGAAAGUGCAGGUAAGAGAACCCUUAUGCAAAAUAUGUGUGGCCACCAGUAAAAGUGGAACUAAUAGAGGCAUAAGGCAAUAGUCAGAAGUAAAAUAAGAUGGGGCAAAAGGGCUCAAAGAUGUAUGAAUUAUUUGCUCAGGUUUUACUUUCGAUGCUUAAAGCUCGGGGUAAUAAAGUUUCUACCUCACAGUUGACUGAAUUUUUACAGCAUAUCCAUGGUGUAUCUCCCUGGUUUCCUGAUGGCGGCUCUGUUGACAUAGAAAUCUGGCAGAAAGUUGGAGAAGAUUAAAAAAUUAUUACAAGUCUCGAGGGCCUACUCAUACUCCUGUUGUUACAUAUAGUUUGUGGAAUCUGAUAAAAAAUAUGUUUAGAUUCUUCUCAUGAUAGUGUUGAUUUGAAUGUAAAGUCAGAAAAACAUAAGCCUCUGACAGAAGGAGAGACUGUAUUAUCAGCUACUGUGUCGCCACUUCCUAAACCGAAAGAGCUAAUUAAUUUAAAUAUUUUAGAUGAAGAGGAACAUUUUGACUUAACAGAUGAGGCUUGUAAACAUAAAAGAGAGAAAUAUCCUGAGGAUGAUUUUCUAAUGGCUGUGAUAGAUAAGUCAGUGAAAAAGCUGCAGGUUAAUAAGGACUGUCUUCCUCAAAAAUCCACAUCUGUAAAAAUGCUCAGUCCCUUGCAGCACGCUGUACAAGGAGCAAUAAAACGAGGAGAAGAUCCUAUUUUCUGUUGUCCCGUCAUAGAAAGACCUGAUCCUAAUAAUCCUCAACAAGCUACUAGGGGGCAUCAGGCUCUCCCUUUGAAAGUUUUGAAAGAUUGAAUUUCUGCCUGUGCUCAAUAUGGGCCCACUGCUCCUUUUACUACUGCUAUGGUUGACAGGAGAAGCUCUUCCCCCCGCUGAUUGGAAGUCUAUUGCACGAGCUUGUUUAAAUGGUGGAGAUUAUUUAAUAUGGAAGUUUGAUUUUUAUGAACGGGCUGCUGAACAAGCAGACAAGAAUGCUGCCCAUAAUAUUCCAGUUGAUUAUCAUAUGCUGAUUGGGGAAGGACAAUAUCUUUCUUUACAAGAUCAAUUAACUUAUCCCUUUGUUGCUUAUCCUCAAAUAAAUCAUUUGGUAUUACAAGCCUGGAGGAAAUGACCUUCUACACACAAAACUGAGGAUCUUUCAACAAUUAGACGGGGACCUGAUGAACCAUAUGCUGAUUUUGUAGAUAGGUUGUCACAGGCGGUGGGGAGACUCAUUGUGGACGGACUCACUGGUAUGAUUGUAGUUAAGCAACUUGCUUUUGAAAAUGCUAAUAAUGCGUGUCAGGCUGCGAUUCGACCUUGGAGAAAACGGGGAACAUUGGAGGAUUAUAUUCACCUUUGUGCAGACAUUGGGCCUACUUAUAUACAGGGUGCUGCUGUGGCUGCAGCAUUAACUAAAGUGGGGUUUAAAAACAAUCAAAAGAAAACAAAGACUUGUUUUAAAUGCGGAAAGGCAGGUCAUUUUGCUAGAGAAUGUAGAUCUUUUAAUUCUAACCCUAGUCCUUCCUUCCCUACUCAGAAACCUCCAGAUGGUCAGAAAAUCCCUGGUUUAUGCCCUAAAUGCAAUAGGGGGAAACAUUGGGCACAGAUUGUUGCUCAGUGGCCCACAAGGAUGGGCCACCACUGUCGGGAAACUCCUCCCGGGGCCUUCCCCGGCCCCAACAAAUAAUAAGGGUAAUGUCUGUGUAUCCUCCUCAAAUUAUCAAUCAGACAUUAACCAAAAACAAAAACAUACAAUAUGCUCGCUCUCCAGAGCAACACCAGGAAGCGCAGGACUGGAGCUCAGUACCUCCGCCCGAUAUGUAUUAACUCCUGAAAUGGGUCCUCAGGCCCUCUCUGCAGGCAUCUGUGGACCUUUACCCAAGGGUUUGAUGGGACUAUUAUUGGGAAGAAGUAGUGUCACCAUGAAAGGUUUAACUGUUAUGCCAGAAGUCAUGGUUUCUGACUACGAAGGAGAAAUAAAAGUCAUGGCACAAACUAUUAAAAAUAUAAUAACUAUUUCUCUUGGUGAUAAAAUUGGACAAUUGCUACUUUUGCCCUUUGUACCUCAUGGACAAAGUUUACAACAUCAAAAGAGAGAAACAAAGGCUUUUGGAUCGUCUAAUGCUGCCUACUGGAUUCAGAAGAUAGGGAAAGAACGUCCAGAAAUGAAAUGAACCAUUAAUGGAAAGGUUUUUUCAGGUUUGUUAGACACUGGAGCUGAUGUCUCUGUUAUGACGCAGAUACACUGGCCUAAACGUUAGCCCAUUAGUCCUACUAUUACAGAACUUCACAGAAUAGGACAAAGUUCUUCUCCUAUGCAAAGUAGUCAGUUUUUUUUAUGGCAAGAUAGUGAGGGCCAUUCAGGAUAUUUCCAGCCUUAUGUUUUGCCUGGGCUGCCUUUAAACCUCUGGGGCCGAGAUAUAUUAAAAGAAAUGGGAGUAUUACUUUAUAGUCCAAACUCUCAAGUCUCUAAUAUGAUGUUGGAUCAAGGAUUUCUUCCCACAAAAGCGCUGGGAACAAAUCAACAAGGAACUGUCUAUCCUAUUGAUGUGAAAAUAAAAUAUGAUAGACAAGGUUUGGGUUUUUCUUAGGGGCCUUGGAUUCUCCUCCACUCACUGCUGAUCCAAUUAUUUGGCUGACUGAUGACCCUGUAUGGGUGGACCAAUGACCCCUCACAAAGGAGAAAUGAGAAGCUGCAGAACAAUUAGUACUGGAACAAUUAGGGCAUUUAGAAAUUUCCAGUAGUCCUUGGAAUACUCCUAUUUUUAUUAUCAAGAAAAAAUCUGGAAAAUAUAGGUUAUUACAGGAUCUAAGAGCUGUUAAUAAAACUAUGCUAAUAAUGGGAGCUCUUCAACCAGGCCUACCCUCUCCAACAGCUAUACCACACAAUUAUCAUCUUUUAGUUAUAGAUUUAAAAGAUUGUUUUUUCACUAUUCCUUUGUUUCCUGAAUAUAGAAAACAUUUUGCUUUUAGCUUGCCUGCCUUAAAUUUUAAGGAACCCACGAGGAGAUUUCAAUGGAAAGUAUUGCCUCAGGGCAUGGCAAAUAGUCCUACAUUAUGCCAAAAAUAUGUGGCUCAGGCCUUGACUCCUGUGAGAAAAAGGUUUCCAUCGUUAUAUCUCAUACAUUAUAUGGAUGAUAUACUUUUAGCCACUGAUAAUAUUUCUUUAUUAGAGACUGCUUUUCAAUUUUUACAACAGUCCUUACAAUCAUUUGGCUUGGUCAUUGCCUCAAAAAAAAUUCAAAGACAAUCUCCAUUUUUAUAUUUGGGAAAAUAUAUUGAUAACACUACUAUUAGGCCUCAAAAACUGCAAAUUCGAGUUGAUAAUUUAAAAACAUUAAAUGCUUUUCAAAAAUUACUUGGCGAUAUUAAUUGGCUAAGGCCUUCCUUAAAACUUACUACUGCUCAAUUACAGCCUUUGUUUGAUAUUCUUAAAGGUGACUCAGAUCCUUCUUCUUCACGCUCUAUGACUCCAGAAGGAUUUCAAGCUUUACAAAUAGUCAAUAGAUCUAUCAGUUCUACACAAUUAACUAGAAUUCAUACUCACCUUCCAAUUUUCUUAAUAAUUUGUCCAACUCCUCAUGUGCCUACUGCCGUCUUAUGGCAAACUGUUGGAAUUAUUGAAUAGAUUCAUAUGAAAACUACACCCUCUAAAGUUAUUAACCCUUAUUAUGAACUUAUUAGUAAUUUAAUAAUGCAAGGUAGAACUAGAUGCUUACAACCUAUAAGUAUAGAACCUUCUCAAAUUAUUAUCCUUUAUUCAGUUAGUCAACAAGAUUGGCUUUUUCAACAUAGUAAUGAAUGGGGUCUUGCUCUUGCAGCAUUUUCAGGUACCUUGGAAUGCCAUUAUCCUGCUGAUAAAUUGAUCCAAUUCAGCAAACUUAACUCAUAUCUUUCCUUCUAUAAUUAGGCAACAGCCUGUUCCUCAUGUACCUUUGGUUUUUACGGACGGUUCUUCUUCAGGAGUGGCUACUGUAACCAUUGAUGACGGAACAAACCUCAUUAAAGAAACUUCCUUGACUUCAGCUCAACGUGUUGAACUCUUAUUCGUUCCCAUGAUGGUCCUGUCGCAGGUCUGUAUAUCCGUGCUCAUUCUAACUUGCCUGGUCCAUUGACUAAACUUAAUGCGACUGCAGACGUUUUAACUCGAUCUAAACGUGAUCUUUAUCCUGUACAUUUUCCUCCCAAGAAUAGAGUUGAAGUUACUCCUCCUCCUCAAUCUCUUUUCCCUAAAGCAGGACAUGUCCCAAUUUACCGUACUCCUCCUUUCCGUUCGUCAUGCUGUCAAGAAUGGCUAAUAUACUGCAUUCAUUAUCUCCAUACUCUUGAUACUCAUGGUCCAUGUCCUGGACACCCUCAUAUUAUGGGGGAAGGUUGGUGGCUGAGCCAAGAUUGGCCUCUCAAUCUCCGGAGGUCCUCUGGAAAGAUCCGUUAACCAGCACUUGGUGUGGUCCUGAUCCUGUGUUGAUUUGGGGACGUGGUCACAUGUGUAUCUUUCCCAGAUCAGCGCCUGGACCUUGCUGGCUUCCUGAGUGCUUAGUCAAGCAAAUAGAUGGCUCGCCACAGCUCACAACUAGUUCAGAAGAUGAAGAAGCUCUGCAUCUCUCCCGAAAAUUUGACAGUGUUGAUUCAGAAGAAGAAAAAGAAGAGGAGAGCACUUGCCAGGACAACUCAAAGGAGUGAUGUUCCAACUUGGGGACAAAUUAAACAACUGGUUUCAUGAGCUCAAGAGUCAGUGAAACAACAGAAUAAUCCUGUUACACCUGUAACUUUAUUUUUGGCUAUGUUGGCAACUAUUUCAUGUGUUCCCUCUGUUAAUGCAGCAACUUACUGGGCCUAUGUACCUUAUCCUCCACUAUUACAACCCAUAUCUUGGUCUGAAGCAGAGUUUCCUGUAUUUUACAAUGAUAACUGUUUAUGGGCCUCUUAUUGGGAAUAUAAAACAAAUCAAUAUGUCUGUAAAUUAUACUAACUGGUUUAGUGCCCAUCCUGUCUGUGUUAGCCCAUUGAAUCUGGAAACUGGAUGUGUAAAGGCUAUUAGUUAUGAGCAUACAGAUGUUUAUGAGGGAACGGAUCAAUCAGUUAGUUUGUCAGGCUCUCCAGGCAUCCUUCGUUUUACAGGAACCAACAUUACUCUUACAUGCCCGGCUACCAGCUGACGAGAGUAUCUUAAGGAUACCAUCAUUUGGUAUAAAAUGGGCAACCUAUUAAUAUUAAAGGUCAAAUCUCAUACACCUCACCACUUAGGGAUUCCGCUAUUACUAUAGCCAAGGUUACAGGUGAAGAUUCAGGAAAUUAUUUCUGUAUGAAGUGUUUACUUGGAGGACAAGGGAUACUUAUAGCUGGACAUAAGGUUACUAUUCUUAACAGAAAAUCAAAAAAUCAAUUUCCUCCUUUUAUGAGCGUUAACUUUCCUGGGUCCACUUUUGAACGUUGCAGUGCAUCUUCGAAUAAUAACCAAAUAUGGUGUACUAUAGAUUAUACCAAGGUGUCAAUUCUUAUCUCUUCUAUUCCCAUCAUAGAUAGGUUUAUCACAUUUCAAAAGAACUGGGAUAUAUGGAAACUAGCUCUAACUUAUUCCAAUACACCUGUUAUAACUUGUGUUGCUCCUCCAUAUACACUUUUCUUUGGUUCUAUUAACAUUGGUAAUUCUUCCAAAGGAGGAUAUAAUAUUAGCUGUGUUAAUUGUAUUUUUAGCAGUUGUAUGUUCCCUUCUGCAGGAACGCAAUCUGUGCUUAUACUAAAGCAACCCAUAUAUGUUAUGGUGCCUGUACAUCUGAGAGAACCUUGGUAUGAAGAUACUGGAGUACAGGCAUGGGUGGAACUCUCUAAAGCCUUGCAGAGAAGGAGACGCUUUCUUGGGUGGCUAAUAGUAAGUUUACUUGCCUCGGCUGCUCUGUCUGCUACCGUGGCUACUGCCGGUCUUGCUCUUUCACAGAGUAUUAAUCAUGCUCACUUUGCUAAUCAGUUAUCUCAACAUACCAGUCUUGCUUUAUCUUUACAAAGUCACGUAGAUUUACAGAUUAAUAACAAGUUAGAUGAAUUUAAAAACGCAAUUUUGGGGAUUAGAGAUCAGAUGGCAGCAUUAAAAUUGAGGAUGCAUCUAGCUUGUCAUGCAAAAUAUACAUGGAUGUGUGUUACUCCUUAAAAGUACAAUGACUGUAUUUGGGAAUGGGAAAAAGUAAAAAUGCAUCUGCUGAGUGUUUGGUCAGAUAAUAAUAUUAGUCUUGAUCUUAAGAAAUUAAAUGCUGAAAUUCAGGGUAUACAAAAUACACAUCUUGAUGAUGUUUCGCCAGAAGAUGUAAUUCAAACUUUACUGGAUCAUUUAAAGUGGUUAAACCCUCAGUCUUGGAUUACCGGAAGGUUGUCAGGAUUUAUUACCCUGGCCAUAAUUUGCCUAUUAUUGAUAAUAAUCUUCUCAUGUCUGUUUCGUAUCCUCAUGCAACAGUAUACUACUCUCGGCACUAAACUUCAUGGAAUUAUUUUGCAGCAAAAGUUAAAAAAUAAAAAGGGGACCUGUGGGAAGCAGUCAGCCUUGAGAGCAGGUAAGGACAUGCCAGGCAUGCCGCCGCUGCUCGAAGGGACUGUCCCUACUUGUUCCCCUCCUUUCUCCUUUCCAUGGGAGAUAAAUCACCAGGGCCCAGAAAUCAG